CACAGUAAUUGGUGAUAAUACUGUUUUGCAGCGCGUAAAGGUCACGAUGGAAAUAACGUCAGAGUAAUUUGAUAUGUGCAUGUAGAAUGGUCAUUGCUGACCUAAUUAAUUCAGUCAGACAGAUCACAAUACUCGUAUGUGUAUGAUCAACAACACUCAACACACGCGAUUUUAUCAGGAAUAGCCUUCUGUCCGCAAUCACUGCACAGCGGACAGCACAGCAGUUGAAUCGGCUGACAUUCACAGCACGCUUCCCGUUUUGACGCUCUUUGGGAACGCCUUGAAAUAGCCUCGGCUACACAGAAGUUAGGGUUGAUACCAUAGACUGUAAAAAAUAGAUUGAUACCUGCCUCUUGUUUCUUUUUCCUGCAUGUUUUGGGCCACACCUUACUCGACUCCACCUAAAUCAACAGGUAGGCUAGUUAACACCAGUUAUGUACAGUGAAAAAAAUUGAAGUGCGAUCAAACUUGUUUGAUUUGCACAAAGAUCGAAACCUCUUCUGUCCGAGAUCUCAGCGUCUGUUAAGUUUUUCACGAACACAGCUGGAUGGACGAGUCAGAAGUCGACGGAGGAGAGAAGGGAGGUGGAGUGUCCAAACAUGAGAAAGACCAGAGUUGGAUCCCCAAAAUAAUCAAAAAGAGACUGUGCACAACAUUUGUGGAAGAUGCAUCAAGCGAUGGCCAGUGGUGCCAAUGUGGGGUACCCAAAAAGGACCAUCAGUCGAUUGCCCUGGGCGACUACUUCAGCACAGCCAUGGUCAGCAACUGGGUCUCUGCUCAGCAUUCCUCCGAAGCUCCCACGGACGCCUUUGGUGAAGUGGAGUUUGAUGGGGCUAGUAAGAGGCACAGCUAUUACUUGCGUCUGUCAUCCGACACCCCAGCCUCCAUUGCCUACACCCUGAUAACGGCCCACUGGGGCCUGAGUCUGCCCAACCUGGUGGUGUCUGUGGUGGGUGGAGAGGGCAAAUCAAAGGUCCAGACGUGGGUGCGAGAGGUACUGCGGCAGGGACUGGUCAAGGCCUCCCAAAGCACAGGGGCAUGGAUCCUAACGGAGGGUCUGCGAGAGGGUGUUGGGCGCUGUGUAGGAGAGGCAGUAAGGGACCAUGCCACUGCUGCAUCCUCCAUCUCCCAAAACAAGGUUGUUGCCAUAGGGAUUGCAUCAUGGGGGCUGGUCAAUAAUCGGGAACAGCUAAUCCACCCUGAGGGUAGCUUCCCAGCGAAGUACCAUGCUGACAACAAAUUCAGUGAAUCGUGUUGCCUGGACAAGAACUACCAGGCCUUCUUGCUGGUGGAUGAUGGAAGUGUAAACCGACGCGGUGGUGAGGAUGGUUUCAGGGCCCGUCUGGAAGACUACAUAUCCAAACAACGCACUGGGAUAUGGGGUAGUGGAACCAUCAACAUUCCUGUGCUAUGUUUGCUGGUGGCUGGAGAGGUCAACUACAUGGAGAGAUUGAAUGAAUCUUUGAAAACGGGAAUGCCCUGGUUGGUCCUGGUUGGCUCUGGUGGUGUGGCCAACCUGAUCGGGGAUCUCCUGGAGAAUCCCCUGAUCAGUGCUGGAGAGUCUAAGAGCGAUGCGGGCUCUGGAGGAGAGUUGAAGGAGAGGCUGGCCGAGCGUGUUCGGAAGCAUUUCCCUGGCGAGGCAGACACGGACAAACUGACUGAGAAGACGUUAAGUAUCUACCAGAACAGAGACCUGAUCUCCAUCUACAAUAGAGAACAGGAGGGACCGGAUGACUUUGACACUGUGUUACUUCGAGCUCUUGUCAAAGCAAGCAAACGCUGUACAUCGGCAGACUCAAGCCCAUACACUGACGAGCUGAAACUUGCUGUGACCUGGAACAGGGUGGACAUCGCCAGGAGUGAGCUGUUCAAUGGGGAUAUCCAAUGGAAGUGUGCUGAUCUUGAAGACUCCAUGACUGACGCACUAGUCAAUGACAAGCCGGAGUUUGUGCGCCUUUUCAUUGAAAACGGCUUGAACAUCCUGGACUACCUGACCAAUGGGCGCCUGGAGAGCCUGUACCGCUCUGUCUCCGACAGCUCGGUCGUCUACACCCUCCUCCAGCGCCACCUCGCCCUGCGAACCAGCGCUGCUGGCCCCGGCUCCUUAAACUCCCUCUCAGACCCGCAGUCAGUGUCCCCGAAGGAGACGUAUAUGAUUCGUCCAGCCAAAGAGCUCAGCCUGUAUGAGGUGUCUUGUGUCCUGGAGAGUUUGUUAGGGGAUGUGUGUCAGCAUUUUUACUAUAGUCCCUUAUCGCUUGACAUCAUGACCUCUAAGAGAAGAGCUUUUAAGAAAGUGUGUAAGUUCCUGCAGGGUCCAUGUGUGUACCGACAGAAGCGCUGUUUCUACCCCUGGGCCUCACUCUUCAUCUGGGCCGUGCUUCAGAACCGCAAAGAGAUGGCCAUCUAUUUCUGGGAGAUGGCUGGAGAGUCAGUGCUCAGUGCCCUGAGUGGCUGUAAGCUGCUGAGAGAGCUGUCCAAGCUGGAGAUGGAGACUGAGACUAAAAACUCCACGAAGGAGCUGGCACAGAUGUUUGAGAACCUGGCAUAUGGUGUGUUCAGUAAGUGCUAUGAGAGUAGUGAGAGUCGCUCAUUCACACUGCUCAUCAGGAAGUCUCCAGUGUGGGGCGCGGCCACCUGUCUACAGAUGGCCAUGGCGGCCGACGCGCGCGUCUUCUUCAGCCACGACGGAGUGCAGUCUCUGCUGUCUCAGAUCUGGUGGGGAGACAUGGACAGAAGCACGGAGGUGUGGAAACUCAUCCUCACCUUCUUCAUCCCUCCCCUCUGCUACACCGACCUCAUCUCCUUCAGAGAACUGGAGGAGCCUGAAGAGGCCAAUACCGAGGCAGGAGAAGGAGGCACACGGGCAGGAGACCACCACCACCUCUACGGAGAGACUGUCUUCUCCUUCUCCGACAUCAAACACCUAAGUCCUGAUGAAGCAGAAGAGGCCGAAGCUGAUGGCCAUAUAAGGACAACCACAAAAGGUUCACCACAUCCAAAAAAGCAUCCUUUCGUGUUCUCACGCUGGCGCCAAUUCUGGUACGCACCGGUGACGGCGUUCCAAGGCAACGUCCUGAUGUACUUUCUCUUCCUGUUCCUCUAUGCUUACGUCUUAUUGGUGGACUUCAAGCCGCCACCCCCGCGUGGCCCAGCAAUAGCUGAAUAUUUGUUGUACUUCUGGGUGUUCACCAUCAUCUGCGAGGAGAUUCGAGAGACAUUUUUUGUUGGUAGUAUGACCCUUCGCCAGAGGCUACGGUUAUAUUCACAGGAUGUAUGGAAUAAUUGUGACCUUGUUGCUGUAACUCUCUUCAUCGUUGGCGUUAUCUGCAGGAUGUUCCAGAGGACAUAUGAGCUGGGCCGUAGUGCUCUGUGUCUGGACUACAUGGUGUUCACCAUCAGACUCAUUCACAUCUUUGCCAUUCACAAGCAGCUCGGGCCCAAGAUAAUCAUCGUCGGCAAGAUGAUGAAGGAUAUAUUCUUCUUCCUCUUCUUCCUGGCGGUGUGGCUGAUGGCAUAUGGGGUGGCCAAUCAGGCGCUUCUGUACUCCUAUGACCCCAGUCCUGAUAGGAUAUUUCGUCGGGUGUUCUACAGGCCCUAUCUGCAUAUAUUUGGACAGAUACCCGUGGAGGAAAUAGACACUGGGAAGACAUGGGACAUGGAAUGCACUAAUAACAGGACUUUGAUAGAGCAGGGAGAUGAGCCCUGCAGGGAUACCUACCCUAACUGGCUAGUGGUCAUCCUGCUGGUGGUCUACCUGCUGGUCACCAAUAUUCUGCUCAUCAACCUCCUGAUUGCCAUGUUCAGCUCCACUUUCUCAAAGGUUCAGGAGCGCAGUGACACCUACUGGAAGUUCCAGCGGUACAACCUGAUCGUGGAGUACCACUCCAAACCCUCGCUUGCUCCCCCCUUCAUCUUCCUCUCUCACCUGCACAUCCUUGUCAAGAGAAACAUCCGCAAGGUCCCCUCCGUCAAGAUCCAUCACUUCGCCCAGGUGCUAGAGGGGAAAGCGGCCAACCGCCUGAUGACGUGGGAGGGGAUUCAGAAAGAGAACUUCCUGUCUGACGAGAGCAAGAAGCAGAGGGCCAGUGACUCUGAGAGGCUCAAGAGGAUGUCUGUCAAAGUGGAUGGUAUGAUCAAACAGAUGGCUGAGAUGAGGGACGUGGAUCACCGACUGAGAGCUCUGGAGUCACAAAUGGAGUUUUGCUCGAGUGCCAUGCAGUGGGUUAUGGAGAGUCUGACACAGAGCAAUGUGGUGAAGUCCGCUCGUCCCCCACCUACUCUCAAUGAAACGCAGUCAUCGUUUGCAUCAAGCUGAUCCAUUUUAUUUAGUCAUGAGUGUACACACACACACACACACACACACACACACACACACACACUUUGUCUCAGGGUCAGAAGCGGGCAGUGUGUUUCUUGCCCCUUUCACCAACACAUUUUUUUUUAACAACUUUUCACGUCUUCGUAAAAAGGGCCCCUCAUUGUUUUCUAUUUCCAUUUUUGAAACGGCGCUUACUUUGCAGUUCUUUGUUCUCAAUGUUCCCCUGUGCAAAGUGUUCCCCUGGGACCCGACCUGCUUCUCCCCCUUCAUUGGACGCAAACCUGUGUGUGUGUGUGUGUGUGUGUGUGUGUGUGUGAGAGUGUGUGUGUGUGUGUGUGUGUGUGU